AUGUUUCAAAGUGGUACUCCUCUCGCUCAAGUCCUCGAGAACAAGCACGAACCGGUGCCGCUUGAUGCAUUGGCAAAAGCGUGGCUUCAGCUUCUCGUGCAAAGCGGAAGGCUCAAGAGACGAUCCGCGACGCUCAGUUUUCCACGGGUCCUGGCACAAACCACGUCAACAAUCCACGUUUCCGUUAGUGCAAGCCUCCUUCGGCUGUCGCCAGCGAUUGGUCCGGUCAAGACAUGCAGAUGUCACGGCGCAAUACUUGGUAGUCCUCUGCUUUCGGGAUCCGAAGUUCUCUGCUGCCCAGUCACUGCUCAGCAUCUCGAUGAGCGAGACUGCGACUCCGACAGCGUUCAGAUUGGGGCCGACACUGUCUUGCAUAUGCCUCCGACAAGGGAUACUUCUGGGAGCCGUGCACUAGCGACAAGCCACUCUGAGAAGAUGGAGAUCCAAGUUGUGAAGCUGAUCAAUCUGAGCACCUUGGAUGAAGUUUUACUUUUUGGAGAUCCUUUGACGGUGACGGCGUCUUCCGAUCUCGAGUUCGACCCCAUGACCGGCAUGGACCCCCUCAUCUGGAAUGAGAAAGUGUUUCUAUCCGUCUGCGAGGCACUUCAGGAUCUUGACAAUGGACUUUUCGUUCGGUCGAAGUACCUCGUCGAUUCUGGAGAAGAAUCGCCUCUUCCACAAAGCUACCUGCUGACUCCAUCCGGAGAGGGAUCCCUCCUGAUGCGGUUGGAAGUCUGUGACUACAGUCCGUUCGAGCACGAGCGAGGCAUCCAUCAGAAGGUGUCCGAGAUGGUGAACAGCAGCGUGAGCUUCAGCCCGAUGGACGGCCUCCGCUUCACUUCACCGGGCUGCAGCCUGCGUUCCGGCCCCCGGUGGGUACCGCUUCGGACGGCUUCGGCAGCGGAAGCGGCUCCCGGGUGUUUAGCCCCCCAAGAGCGCCCGGAACAGGAUUCGGAGCACUUCCGGUCAACUCGCGCAGCGGAACCGGCCUUCCGCCACGCCCCCGGGGAGCCAGCCAGCCGAUUGGUAAAACGCCCAGGCCUGGAGCGCGUUUUGCGCAGCCUCUAG